CAAGCUGCCCACUCGACUCCUCUAGGUCUCCCUCUACUGGAGAGAAAUGUCGCAAGGUGACGCGCUUUGCGACCUCAACGCUCGCUUUCCGGCCGCUCCCCUCCCGCACUGUGCCCGGAGGCUGGUGGUGGCAGAAGCAGCUUCUGGAAUUUCUGAGCAGCCUUGAUCAGGAUAGAUGGACCCUGUAGUCUUGAGCUACAUGGACAGUCUUUUACGGCAAUCAGAUGUCUCACUAUUGGAUCCACCAAGCUGGCUCAAUGACCAUAUUAUUGGGUUUGCUUUUGAGUACUUUGCCAACAGUCAGUUUUAUGAUUGUUCUGACCACGUCUGCUUCAUCAGCCCUGAAGUCACCCAGUUCAUCAAGUGCACUUGCAACCCAGCAGAGUUGGCCGUGUUCCUUGAACCCCUGGACCUCCUGCACAAGAAAGUUGUAUUUUUAGCCAUCAAUGAUAAUUCUAGCCAGGCAGCUGGGGGAACCCAUUGGAGUUUAUUGGUUUAUCUUCAAGAAAAAAGUAGCUUUUUUCAUUAUGAUUCCCAUAGCAGGAGCAACUCAGUUCAUGCAAAGCAGGUAGCAGAGAAACUGGAGGCUUUCUUAGGCAGAAAAGGAGACAAAGUAGUCUUUGUUGAAGAGAAAGCUCCUGCUCAACAAAACAGCUAUGACUGUGGGAUGUAUGUGAUAUGUAAUGCUGAGAUCUUGUGUCAGAACUACUUCAAGCAACAACCAGAAUCAUUAUUACAGCUACUUACUCCUACAUACAUCACAAAGAAAAGAGGAGAAUGGAAAGAUCUCAUCGCCAGACUUGCUAAAAACUAGCUAUUGACAUAAUUGUUGACUUAUCAAGUCUCCUCUUUCUGCCUAUUCCAUUUAUUGGAUGACUGCAGUCACAGUGCCUGAGGGAAGAUGCCUGGUAGAGGGAAACUUAGUGUUCUGAGUUCUUCUUCACAGUAUCAAAUCCUGUGCUUUAUUCUAGUGGAAAGUUUCACCUUGACCCUAACUUGAGGAGCCACCAGGGCUAUGGCUCAGUGGUAGAGCACUUGCCUUGCAAGUGUGAGACCCUGAGUUUGAUCCUUGGCACCAUAAAAAUAAAAUAGCCCUAACUUAAAACAAUCUACUGGCUGUAAACUGCUCAAAAAUAUCCUACAGUUAUACACCAACCCCCCUUUUUUUAAUUACCUUAAAUAAUUCCCUUUUGGUCUUGCUUACACAAAUUGGCUUUCCAAAGGAAAACACAGUAACC